UAUUUUAAGAAUUGAAUAUGGUAUUAAAAAUAAAUUGUAUCAAAUCAAAUUGAAUCUUCUUAUUGGUUAGAAAUUUUUAUCAUGAUUUAUUUAUUUUUUAUAGGGAACAAGAAAAUGGCUAACGAACAAUACUAGAUAUCGUUUUUUUUUUCAUGAUAGAUUUGAAUGGUGUUGGAAAUAAAGUAGUUCUCUUGGGUUUGAUGUGGAUAUCAUGCUGUUUACUACAAAGAUGGUCCGUGGAACUUCAGCUUGGCUAUAUAGAACAGAUGUUACAGACAAAUGAUGAGAGUCAGAGACAUAGCCGAGUACAAGCACAAGAUUCAACUCAUCACCAACAACAGACUGCAACAGAGAAUUUGGGUUUCAGAAUGCAGUUGAGAGGUAUCAUAAGCUACCUGAGAGUAUGUUCUUUGGUUCAAGCUGAAGAAUGGAUCAAAUGUGUUGAGAUUAUCAAUAAAGAGCUGCAUUCUAUACCGGAUCAACUACAGGAUCAAGUCCAGUAUAUAAGAGCCUUCUGUCUAUAUCACCAUGGCAACUUCACUGAAGCGCUAGAUGCCUGUCAGCGACUGACUGAGAUUAUCUCCAAAGAUGGUGUCUCUGUCCAAGUAUACAACCUUAUGGGAUGCUGUCUUAGGCAAAUGGGAAAACCUCAUAUGGCACAGCAGCAGUUCAGGAAAGCUCUUGCAAGCUGUUCAGUCAUUCCACCACUGUCCCUCUUCAACCUGUCUGUUACCUAUAGAGAUCUGGGGGAUGAAGACGCAGAAAUGAAAUCUCUCCAUCUCUUAGUAAAGGCCCUUGCGUUAGACCAGACUGCAGAUGAGAAUGGAGACGAUACCUUUAUCAGUCCUAGUCCUGCAUGGCCAGCAGUGCUGCUACUUCCAGUUUCUUGGACAAAGAGGAAGUCUAAUUUUCCCAUACAAUCCUUUGAUUAUUGGACAGGGGUCUACAUCCUGGCAAAGCGUAGCCAUGAUCUCAACCAGACUGACAUUGCUGUUGAUAUGUUUAUGGCCUUACUCUCUGACGUUGGACUACUUGAAAACGGCUCUCUGGCCUUUGAUAGAGGCAGCCGAGGUAAUUCACUCCUGCCUCCUCUGAAAACCAUUUAUUUGGAUGCUGCCACUGCCCUCCUGAAGGCAGGCAAAACCCAGGAAGCACUGGCGGUGUGUGAUAAACUCCUGUCCAAAUCGUCUCUUCUCCAACAUGACAACAUACCAGAUUCAUCCUCUGAGAUGGAUGAUGAUGAAACCAAGAGGUCAUCCCGCAGGUUCCCUUUCUUGGUGCCAUGUGCAACACCGUCUUCCGAGGAGCGUUCCAAGGCGGAGAGGAGCUCACACCCAGUCAACCAAGGAGGCGGGGAUGGUAGGGAUGGGAGUAUACCUGGAUGCAGCAGUGGUUCCGGUGGACAUCACACCCUUGGACAUGGUAUUAAUGUUGGCCAUCAUGGUACUGGCAUGCAAGGUCAAAGCGGUUCUGGGGACACUGUAGGCAGAAGGAAGAGGCAGCGGGAGCAGAAUGAGACCUUGGCAGUCACAGGAACAUCCUCAUCAACACUUGAAAACCAAGUCCACAUUGACAGUAGCAAUUCUGAUAGUGGAAGACAAGAGAAGGAAGAGGAUGAAAUCUACACCGCACAUGCCCUGAUACUGCAAGCACAUUGCCUCUUCAAGGAACAUAAAGCCGAGCUGGCCAUGACAGAAGUUGAGUGUGCUUUGGGAAUCUUGCAGACCAGUAUAGCGGAAAGAGUCGAGGAUGGCCAAAGGAUAGAGGAGAAUGAGGGCACAGAUGAUAUCAGCAAGGCUAAAAGGAGAAGAAUCGAUUCAGUAUCAGAUGGCCUGAAAAUACCAGACAAUAUAGGAAGCUCCCUAUUCGACAGUCAGUCAACGCAGUCAUCAAUCCUGAAAUCUAUUGCAUAUCAGCUCAAAGCAUCAAUUUUAAUGAGUCAGAAUCAGCCACACGAUGCAAUGAAAGUCGUCUUGCAAAGCCUCCACUGCUUUCCCAGUAAUACAGAUUCCUUGAGGACCCAUGCAGUAAUCCUGGAGAAGCUAAAUAGAAAGGGUGAAGCUGUCAAAGCUUGGUCCAGACUAAAAGAAGCCAAAGCAGCGUCUGGGAAGGUCCACUCCCUCUCAUCAUUGUACAAUGAAACCUGCCUACAAAGACCAUGCAGUAAUCCUGGAGAAGCUUGAUAGAAAGGGUGAAACUGUCAAAGCUUGGUCCAGACUAAAAGAAGCCAAAGCAGCAUCUGAGACGGUCAACUUCCUCUCAACAUUAUACAAUGAAACCUGCCUAGAAAGACCAUGCAGUAGUCCUGGAGAAGCUUGAUAGAAAGGGUGAAACUGUCAAAGCUUGGUCCAGACUAAAAGAAGCCAAAUCAGCAUCUGGGACGGUCCACUCCCUCUCGUCAUUGUACCCUGAAACCUGCCUACAAAGACCAUACAGUAAUCCUGGAGAAGCUAAAUAGAAAGGGUGAAGCUGUCAAAGCUUGGUCCAGACUAAAAGAAGCCAAAUCAGCAUCUGGGACGGUCCACUCCCUCUCAUCAUUGUACCCUGAAACCUGCCUACAAAGACCAUACAGUAAUCCUGGAGAAGCUAAAUAGAAAGGGUGAAGCUGUCAAAGCUUGGUCAAGACUAAAAGAAGCCUCUGGGACGGUCCACUCCCUCUCAUCAUUGUACAAUGAAACCUUACUACAAAGACCAUGCAGUAAUCCUGGAGAAGCUUGAUAGAAAGAGUGAAACUGUUAAAGCUUGGUCCAGACUAAAAGAAGUCAAAGCAGCGACCGGGACGGUCGACUCCCUCUUAUCAUUGUACAAUGAAACCUGCCUAGAAAGACUAUACAGUAAUCCUGGAGAAACUUGAUAGAAAGGGUGAAGCUGUCAAAGCUUGGUCCAGACUAAAAGAAGCCAAAGCAGCGUCUGGGACGGUCCACUCCCUCUCAUCAUUGUACAAUGAAAGCUGCCUAGAAAGACAAUGCAGUUACCCUGGAAAGGCUCAAUAGAAAAGGUUAAACUGUCAAAGCUUGGUCAAGACUGAAAGAGCCAGAGCAGGCUCUAAGGCCGUCCAGCUUCUGUCAUCAUUGCACAAUGAAAUUUCCAUACCAAGACCAAGGGGAACAGUUGUAGUUGUGUAAUUUCGACAGGAAGUCUUUAUUGACGAAUUCCGUCAGUGUGUGCUCCCAUAAGAAACCAUCUAUUACAGGCAAAUAACUGGUUUACAAACUGAUUUUAGAAGAAAAAGCAUUUUGCAUAUUUCUUAAUUCUGAAAAAAAGAUAGCAUAACCUUAUUUUUGGUUGAGAAUAAUUGUAAUCACUAAUAUCAAAACUUUUAAUAAUCGAAUUAUACCCAAAAAGGAAAAGAAAUCAAAUAGGGGAAAAGGAGAGAACUGCAUUCAAUUUUUUAUGCCAAAACAAGUGUAAUUGAUGAAAAUAAAUUCAUAAUAUGGAUGUGCAUUAGCCUGUAGUUUUAUACAUAUGAUGUUUAGUGUUCAUUUAAAUAGAAUAAACAGUUGACAAAA